AGUUUUUGUUACAUGGCUAGAUAGCUAUUGUUUCAUUUCCUUUUCUUUUUUUUUUACAUCUAAAUUUGGUAAAAAAUAUAGCAGUUUGACUAUGUCUCAACUAAAUGAAGUGGAUUUACCGCCGAACCUGUCAUGUCUGAAAAACAUAGACACCCUGCUUCGGUGUCCUAUCUGCUUUGAGUUUAUCAACAUCACCAUGAUGACUAAGUGCUCUCACAACUUUUGUUCGCUCUGCAUACGGCAAUUUCUUUCCUACAAGUUAGUGUGUCCUGUUUGCAACUUGCCAUUGACUGAACAAGACCUGAGGAACAACAGAUUAAUAGAUGACUUAGUUCAGAGCUUCCAAAAUGCAAGGCAACAGCUGUGUCAGGCAAAUUUUGAAUCGCCCCCCAUUUCCCCUGAAAACCCAGCUAUGAUGGUCAAAGGCAAAGCAGCGAGACAAAAGGUCUUAAAAAAGGAAGCAACCACCCUCAGCCAAUUUUUCCAGAAAAGGGCCCCCGUUAUGACUCUGCCAGGGGUCCAGACAAAUCUUCAGCGUAAAUUCUCAGUUAAAGAAGAACCUAUGGAGGUGCAAUUUCAGCAGCCCCACAACCUUCAGCAGGAAUGUGGAGAGGAUACGACAGGAAUGGUGAAAGAAGAAAAGAUGAAUGUUGCAGUUUUUCCCUCCACAUCACAAAAGGCAGGGAUAAAAGUUGAGUGUCCUGUCUGUGGAGUGGGUUUGUCUGAGCAGCACAUUAAUAAACAUCUAGACACGUGCUUGAACCAAGAUAAGAAGGAGGGAUUGAGAAGUGGUGGGAGACGUAAGGCUAUGCCUAAGCUGUUGUACACUCUCAUUAGUGUUCCAAAGCUGAAGAAAAUGCUUAAAGAAUGUCACCUGUCCACUCAGGGCCGCAGAGAUCAGCUCACUCGACGCCAUCAGGAGUUCACGCACAUCUAUAAUGCAGAGUGUGAUGCACUCAACCCCAAAUCUGCUGAAGAGAUCGCUAAAGAUGUUGAAAACAAUGAGAGGAUGAGGAAUCAGGUAGACGGCAAACGGAAACCUGUAAUUGUCACGACGAAGAAUCAAACGGCUGAUGAAAUUGAGGAGUUGCAUUCAAACUACCGGAAGCAGCACAGCAGUGAAUUUUCCCGUUUAAUCGCCCAGGUCAGAGGUCAUCUGGAGACUUCCAAGAGAACACAGAUCAAUCAGGAAGAGCCGUCAACAGUGGAGACAGACUUAAAAGCUGCUCAUAACAGCAUUCACAACACUACCAAGCCUUUAUUUUCCACAAUGCUGAAGGUAAAGAGUGAAGAGAGGGACGUUGUAAUUGAGCUUCCAUCAAGAUCACCAAGCCCUGCAAUCAGUGAUGUGUCAGUCAGCAGCUCCAUCUCAGAUGUUUUCUGUUGAAGACCCGACAGCAGCUUCUGAAACAGAAAGAGUGAUUCUCUCCUGCAGAAGUCCAGUGCGGCUGGUUAGAGAAAGAGGUCUCCACUCCCACUGGGAAGAACUUUGAAGACCCAGAGAAGAGACAUGUUCUGUAAAUUGUGUAACAAGAG